AUGUCGGGGAUUCUAGGGCCCUUGUCGAGGGGAUUGGAUGCAAUCACUGCAUUGAAUGACCAUUAUUACAAGCUUUCUAUCGAUGAACAGAAGGCUAUGUCUUUAAUGCAAAGAAUUCAAUACUAUAACUGGACCUUUGAAACUAUUUGCGUUUUAAUAUUUGCUUCAAUAUACUUGGUUUUUGAAUUUGGUGUGAAGUACAAUACUAAAAGGGCGGAUAAGCUGUUCGAAGCAUUGAAUUGGUUCUUUCUGGACGGCUUAAAGUUUGCACGUGCUGGUUUCUCUCAUAAGGAUGGCUCUAAGACGAGGUAUGUUAAGGAGCAAAAUGGUAGAUGGUUCACUACUUUUGCUACUGGCAGAUCAUCAAUUGAGAGUAUUGUUGUUAAGGCUCAUUAUUUUGCGUGGUUUAACCCUCUGGCCAUGAUUAUGGAACGAGUGCUUGCUCAAUUUUUCCCAAAAUUGGUUGAGAGGGACGCUGGAGAGCACGUUAAGGUUGUUAUAAGGCCAAAUGGAACCUGGUGUAAGGACGAAAACUCCCCUGUAUCAGCAAUGGAUGACAUGUCGAAGUUUAAAUUCAUUACGUCCAUUGUUCACAAGAGUCAUAUGACAAUUUCCCGGGAAAAGAACUACUUCUUGUCGCUUACUCACACUGCAGAAAGCGAUCUAUUGCCAAGAGAAUACGUUUUUAUGUCUGAGAACAACCAGUUGAACCAGUUCUUCAGUGUCUAUGCUGGGCGGCUUUUGAGUGACGUUCUACCCAAAUGCGCCCACUUUUUGCAGUUCAUUGCCUUUACCGACCUGCCUGAGGAAAGGCCUGUUACAGACAAGUUGUGGGAAUCUACGCAAUCACCACGUUGUGUUAUCCAUUGUUCCAGUAUUAGCCGUGACAGCGACAUAGAGCUGUUGAAGGAGCUUGUCUCCAUCAUGGUUGAAGUCUAUGACACUGUCACAAGAGAAAUUGUGAAUAAGGAGUCUUCAGUGUUCCUCACCCAAGACCUAUUGAAACGUUCAGUUCAAUUAAGAAAGACCGAACUAGCCAAGAUUAUCCGCAUCAUGGAGCAGGUCGAACGUGAAAUGGCCAUGGAAAAGAAGGCUGAAGAAGAGAGGAAAAAGCGUCAGGAACAAAGAAAUACUCUAGGUAGCGAUCAGUUGAGUAAGAUGGACCAAAAAAUGAAGGAAAAGAGGGAACGGAGAAGAAAGAACAAGAUGGCUGGGAGGAUGUGA